ACGCAUGGUAUCACAAUCAAUUUUCGAUCUCUUGAUAUGCAAUGUGACAUUUAGAGUUUUAUAAACAAGAACGACUUGCAGCAUGGUAGUUGCCAGAUGGAUGAAACCAUUGGAAUAUCUUGGAUAUUUGCAAGUUUUUAUGUUUAUGAUGUUACACUGCGCGAAAUCUGAAGUUUGAUCUACCUGGAAACGGCAUGGCUGGCGCUGUAACAAGGAGACGUGCUGAUAUAGGUUUAUAUGGAAAUCCACCGAAGCCAAUUAAAAUCCCAAGACUGCAAAUGAGUUCAUCUUGUGAAGAGUUUAGAAUUAACAGACUACAACCUUCCUUAAUCACAUUUGAAUUUGGUCCAUCAGAACUUAACCUUUACAAAUACGUUGCUGAAGAAUCAUCAUUUCUUUGGAGAAAAACCAAAGAAACAUACGCCUUGAGGAAUGACAGUGAGCCGUUAGAUGGACUGAUCUUCAUUCAUGGAGGAUCGGAUAAUAUACAGGAUACAUGUCUGAAGCUUUUUGAAUUUGCUCCAGAGACAACAAAGUCCGAUGAAACUGGAACAAGAUUACUUAAAGAAAAGGACUACAUAGUAGUAUGCUAUCUUGGAGUAUCAUUUUGGAAUGAAAACAAGGUAACAUUGCAGGAGGUGGGUGAUGCAGUGAAAGAUGUUGAAGAUUCGCGUUUGUUUAUCGUAAUUGAAUCGCAGGAUGGAAUUGAGAAAAAGAUGAAGCUGGUCAAGGGUCACAGUUUAUGUCCAGCUUCUCAUAUCAUCAGAGCAAAUGGGGACAAAGGGGUCAUCUACGAUGGACUCUAUGCCAUACUCGAAUCAAAUUUGUCUAGGUUUUUAUCUGAUUUGGAAACGAAAACAAUAACUCGCCAUCUUAGUUGGUACAAGUCACAGCUGGAAAUUCUGAUAGGAAAACUUCAUUCAAGGAAAUCCAUAACUGUGUCAAAGCUGAGAGAAGCUUGCAUCGGAAAAAUCAAAGCUGGAAUUCGAUUUGGAGUCAUUGGAUACAGGCUCUACGGGGACACUUUGUAUAUCUUGGAAAACGAAAACCUUGUCGUGAAGAAUGAAAAAUUCAUGUUACCAAUUAGAAAAUCCAUCCAAGAGAAUUUCCAAGGAAAAGUAAUCUUUCACGCAUUGGCAAAUACAUCAUUUAAGCCACAUUGCACUGUCAAAUGUGGAGAGUUCUUGGAGAAUGCUGACAGAGAUAGAAAAGGAACGAUAGGAAUCUUCGGGGAAUUGAAAGACCCUACGCGUGGAAAUUCACUAGAGAGUUCAGAGGUCGUAAUUCUGUCUUCGGGGCACCUCUUUCAUGAAGGGGAAAUUGCAAAAUAUUCUUUCAGUGAGAGUUUAAAGAGGAUUGGCCAUUGCAUAUGGCCAACAGGAAACGAAAAUCCGAUUUUAAACUUACACGAUAUAUCCAUUAUCCAGUUAGAUUCCUGCAUGUUAGGAAGGUUGCAAAAAAGCAUACUUAAGGAAAAAGUCAUUGUCGAUGAACUCUCAAAAGCAAGUUUGAAUUACAAAAAAGUUUUCAAAUUUGGGGCAGAAACGAAGGAAACAUUUGGCUUUAUUGAGAAAAUUGACGAUUUUGAAAUGUUUGGUGGUGAUGUGAUGAUCAUCGUGCCGAAAAGCACUGAUGCAUCUAAUGCACACGGGAAAUUCUCUGAUAGAGGGGAUAGUGGGGCGAUCGUCUUGACACGGGAAAAGGAUAAACUGUAUGCAAUCGGGAUGGUUUAUGGAGAUCAGAUUGAUUUUCUGAAAGCAGAAUGUGCAAGUAACAGCAACGAGUCUAUUGCAAUUGGUUUAAGAAAAGCAGUGGAUCGGUUUACAAAAUCUACAAAUAAAGCAAUUGUAUUUGACAAAAUCUGAAAUUGAUUUUCUGUGUCAAUUUAAGAAUUGCAGCAUUUCGAUCGGGAUUUAAAAGUAUUUUGAAUGUGAUCAACUGCAUACAGCUAGUUUUUAAAAGACAGCAUUUCUGUGAGAUGUUGGUCAUGCUAUAUUUCAAACCUGUAUUUUGCAGGUAUUUCAUUCCUGAUCCAAUGUCCAUUUUCAAUCGAACCUAUGAGUCAUAAUUUGAUUGUUUUUAAACAAACAAUGCCGUCCGGGUCAGAGUGAUUAUGCAUUUGUAUAGUUUAUGACAAUUUUGCCAUAGUUCAAUUUUUUACCUGAAAAAAAAAGUAACUUGAUGUUGAUAUAAUGGUAAGGUGAUUAUUCAUUAAACUACCCAGCUUCCACGUAAAGAAUUAAUAUGGGGAUAAAGAGAAAUAACUCUAAUCUAUGAAUCAAGCACGAUAAAUAUUAAGCAUGGGUAAAAGAUAUUUAAGAUUAUUUUCAUAAUCAAUCCGAGUUACUUGGGCAUCUGUGUGUGGUCUAUACUCGUCAGUUGUCAUAUGUCCUGCAAUAACAUUUUAAGAUUAUCAACAUUUCAGGAACUUCACAUCGCAGUCUCCAUAGAGCAGUUUUCCAGUACAGUGAACGUUGCUUAAUUCGACACAUAUGCAAUCCGUUUCCUUGGACAUUCCGACCCUUGUUUUUAUUCUAGAUACCAUAUCUUCAAUGUUUUUCACUGUUUAUCCCGACGCACUGUGUUGUGCGGCAAAAAGUAUCUCCAAGUUGGUGGUGCAGAGGUAUGACCAGUCUCGGUUUAUAGUUAGCAUUUCGCAAAAUCUAUGGUUAUUAAAACAAUCUAGUUUGUCAAUACAGCCUAUCAUUGGGUCAAAUGCUGUCCGACUUGUUUCAUACUUAAUGUUAGCCUGUUUAUGUCACAAUAAUUUUGACUAUAUAUAACUCCGUUUAUCUAAUCAAGAUAAAGGGCUCAGGGCGAGUGUGACCGGUCGACAGUGGAUGGUUACUCCUCCUAGGCAACUGCUCCCACCUCUGAUAUAUCCAAAGGUCCGUGUUUGUCCAACUCUCUAUUUUGUAUUGUUUGUGGGAGCUAUGACAUUGAUCACUGUUCGUUAUAUUCAUCUUUUAUUAGACAUAUUUUGCUGUAUUUUAGGGACUGUAAAAUAAUAAUGAAAUACAUGAAUUUUAUCCCUAAUAGUACAUACACUUCUAAAGAUUGGAUGAAAUCUUUAUUUUUAUAUAUUCCGAACUUCAAUACAUAUUAAUGCGAAAUAUCAUGGUAUAUUUUUGUCGAAAUAUCGUAAUUCUGUACAAAAAGCAUUGUCAAUGAAUGCGUUACAUAGGAUCGUCAUAAGUGAUUCAAAUGUCGGUCACAAUAUAUGUAACACCCAAACCACUUGUCCACAGUUUAUCAAAUAGAAUAGUAGCAUCUUCAUACAAAGUUAAUUCAAAUUUGUUCAAAUCAUAGCACUGGGGAGGGAUCAACAUUUAUAUUUAAUCACUUACACCCUACAUAUGUUGUGGGUAUUUUCCAAAAUAUUUAAAAUCAAACAUGUCCCGAAAUAGUUUGCCUACGCCAAACACCCAAAUGUGAAAGUAACGGGUUUUUCAGUAAUAAACUUCAACACGGAAGUCCCCAAUCAGGAUCGGCAUUUCACGAUAUCAUACAUAAUUUGCAUGGUCAUAAGAGCCAUGCAUAGAUCAAAAUGUUGUAUCAUUUCAAUUCAAGCUGAUAAUGUCUCAAUAUAAGUGAAUAACCUCUCGAAUGGAAAGGAAAAUAACACGCAACCCCCCCCCCCCAAAAAAACAAUUAGUCUAAUAUUUUGUUGAUAGAAUAAGGUAGUAUCGUACUGUCGAUUCAAUUGUAUUCAAUUUAUGAUUUCCAAGUCAGGGCGGGUCAACAACUUCGGCUAUUAGUUUUAAAAGACGCAUUGAAUAUUCACUGGAGUUCAUUUUGCGCAUAGAUUUCACUGAUGACUAUUGUGGUUUAGAUAUUUUAUGACAUCCACACGUUAUUGUGUCACAAAUUGUACAUAUGUAGCUUUUAUGUAGUUUACUUGCAUUUAAUCAGUAACAUAAAUAUAUUAUAAAACGAUCAUCAUGUUGUAAUUAGAAAAGGAGCCUCUCGAAUUAAUUUUUGACGUUUUACACCUCAAAUCCGAUACACAUUUUUCUGAAUAUACACUACAAUUGUAAUCUAUUAGAUACGUUGGACUGAAUUCAAGAGCACUGUCUAUGAAUGCACAUGCUAGCUCUUUUUUUUCUAAAUAUGUUCACUUUAUUCAGAGUACAUUUUACCAUACAUGCAUUGCUAAGCUACGAUGAUACGAUGAACACAUAUAUCAGUGGGAUUUUUUGGUUUUGGGUUUUUUUGUUUUUUGUUGUUGUUGUAAAUUUUGGUACUUAAGCUGUAUACUUUUAAAUAUCCACAACCUUUAAUUUUUAUAUAUAUAUUUAAUCAAUCAUUAUUAUAAAAUUUUAUAUCAAUUUUCAAAUACACCAUAACAUUUGCAGUUUAUUUUUGAAACAGAGUACUAUUUUCAUUAAUAUUUUCGUAAACUAUUUGUACCACGAUCUUGUUAUAUUGAGGUGGUUUUUUAAUAAAUUGAUUUCUCAAAUC